CGUUAUCAACAAUAGAUUUGUCAUGAAUCGCGAUGGUCGACGAGUGACGAGCACAUUUUGAAGUUCUACUCGCAUAUCUAAAAUAAAUACCUUAAGUUUCGAAAGUUCAGUAGUGAACAUCCAAUUCACAAUAGUUGACAGAGGGAACCCUUUGCAUAGUACGAGCGUUGUGCUUCAUGAAAAAGUAGUACGGUUGUCGAACUACGACGGUGAUAAUUAUUUCCGUAAACACAGCAACAGAAAAUUCUCGCUGAGCGAUAUGCCAUUAUUUACAGUGAAGGUAAAAUGGGGAAAAGAAGUAUAUCCAGAUGUGGAGAUAAACACGGACGAGCCGCCACUUGUUUUCAAGGCACAACUGUUUGCCUUAACUGGUGUCAAUCCCAACCGCCAGAAAGUAAUGAUGAAAGGCGGCACCCUCAAAGACGAUACAUGGGGCAACAUACAGAUAGUUGAGGGCCAGAAUAUACUGAUGAUGGGCAGCAAGGAUGAGGACGUACCCAUAGAACCCACUGUCAAGCCAAUGUUUGUUGAAGACAUGACUGAGACACAAUUGGCCACAGUUACCAAUAUGCCCGCGGGUCUUACCAAUUUGGGCAACACUUGUUAUUUGAAUGCUACUGUUCAGUGCCUUAAGACUGUACCUGAAUUACGACAAGCCCUGACCGAUUUUAAUGCAGCAUCAUCUUCGUCUCUAUCUAAUUUUGCACCGGCUGAGAAAAUCACAAUUGCAAUGAGUGAUUUAUAUCGGACCAUGGAAUCUAAUCAAACAAUCCCACCUCUUGUACUUUUACAAGUAUUACAUCAAGCAUUCCCCAGAUUUGCUGACAAAGUAGAAGGUCAUCAUAUGCAACAGGAUGCUAAUGAAUGUUGGGUAGAACUUAUUCGUAUGCUACAGCAAAAACUGCCAGCAUUAAAAAAUAAAAACAAUGAUAAGUCAACUACUAAUUACAAAUCUGCAAUAGAUCAAUUUUUUGGUGGUUCAUUUAAUGUUGAAUGGAAAUGUGUAGAAAGUGAUAUUGAAGAAGUAACCAAAACUACUGAGUCAUUUCUGCAGUUAAGUUGUUUUAUAUCUCAAGAUGUCAAGUACAUGCAUUCUGGUUUAAAAAAUAGAAUGCAAGAACACAUAACCAAACACUCUCCUAUCCUUGGUAAAGAUGCUGUUUAUACAAAGACAUCAAAAAUCAAUAGACUGCCAGCAUACCUGACUAUUCAGUUUGUGCGAUUCUUUUACAAAGAAAAAGAUAAAAUUAAUGCAAAAAUCUUAAAAGAUAUUAAAUUUCCAAUCGAAUUUGAUGCAUUUGAAUUGUGUACUCCAGAACUACAAGAGAAACUUGUACCAGUUAGAAGAAAAUUCCAGGAGUUAGAAGACAAAUUGGCUCAUGAAGGUGUUAAGCUCAGCGCAAAACAGUUGGCAGAAUCUAAACAAGAAAAACCCACAGCUCCAUAUUGGUUUGAAGAUGACUAUGGUUCAAAUAACUCUGGUUACUACUCCCUUCAAGCUGUCUUAACACAUAAAGGCAGAUCAAGCUCUAGUGGCCAUUAUGUUGGUUGGGUUCGAGAGUCUCCAACAUCUGAAAAAUGGAUCAAAUGUGAUGAUGAUACAGUAACACCAGUGGCAACUGAAGAUAUCCUUAAAUUAUCUGGCGGAGGUGAUUGGCAUUGUGCGUAUGUUCUUCUAUAUGGUCCGAAACUCCUACCAAUGGAAACUUCAUCAUUAUCUAGCUGAUCCUGUCAAAAAUUAGUUUUCUUUUAUCAAAAGAAAAAAAGAAAAAGUAAAAUAUUUCUUGUAAAAUUGUAUUUUAAAAAAAAAUCUGAGUUUAAAGGAAUACAUAUUAAGGAAAAUUAUAAAUUAACAUUCACAAUAUUGUCAAAAUAAUUUAUUUAAAAUACAGUUUUUUUAUAUUGAUA